UAGGUUUUCACUCCAGCCCCAACAAACCUCACUGAACAGCUAGUGAUCUCUUUGGGCUGCUAAUUAGUAGAAUCGGAUGGGUGUGCCUAAUUAGGGUUGAAAUGGAAAAACUUCAGGCCGGUAGAUCUCCAGGAACAGGGUCGGGAAUCCUGGGUAUUUGAAAGUCUGGCAACCCUAGUGGACUUAGUUUUUAGCAGCGUAGGUCUAAUUGUUCGACUGUCUGUCUUGCAAGUUCAGUGCUUGCAAAGCAGACGCUUCUGACUGGUAGUAAAUUGAAAAAUAAAUACGUAUGGUUAUAUGCUGUACUGUGUCUCAACCGUGCGUUUCGUUUGGGCACUCUUAUGCUAGUGUUGUCCCAGGUUUUUGAACAAAUACAUGUUUUAUUGGCGGAAUACUGUGCUGUGAUUAACAUCUCUUAUUAUCUGUUUUGCUGUAGGCCAUAGAUUUGCGAUCUGUGGGAAAGCAUGCUCAUUGCUUAUGUCUUGUGUAAGUAAAAUAAAUGGGAAUAGGAUUUAUUCAGUAUAGCUCAGGGGAGCACAAACAUUUUCAUCACCAAACUCCCCUUAAAUGGCCGCCCUAAAACAGAGGACCACCACCUCCCAACCUCAAUAUAAUUUACGACUGAAUGCAAUAAAAUUACAGUUUGUCAUAUAGCAGAUGCUUUUACCAAGAAGAUUUCCACAUGGUAAGCAAACUCCACCACGUUUUGUAUUAUUUUAUUUUAUUUAUUUUUAUUGAAUUUUAGUGACUAUUAUGAAGACGCAAACUGUGGUGUAUUGAUAAUUUCAGACUAUACCUGGACUAACUACCACCACUCUGUAUAUCAUUUAACUGUAAAUCCCCCGCUUUCAUUGCACUCGUUACAUGUAGGCUACCGCCAGUCCAGCACGUUUUGUAAUUUGUAUUUAUCCUAAUAUUGUAGCUUGUUUUUCUGCCUAGUUGGCUUGGCAAAGGUUAGGUCAGAAUAGUGUUCACUGUGUGAACUAAACUGUGUUCUUGGCCAGAAAUAGCUGUACGAAAUAAGUAUCGUAUCUUAUUGAACCUGUAUUUUGUAGUUGUCCAUGACCAUGAAAUGCACUUUUCUACGUCGCUUUGGAUAAAUCCGUCAAAUAAAUGUAAUGUAAUAUAAUUUCAGUAAAGAUCAGUAAAAAUUUAUGUGUCUUUAGUCUUUUUCUUUUUGUAAAAUAUUACCAAGGAAACAAAAACUGUAAAAAAAAAAAUCUUUUAAUCUUUUGAGAUUAAAAACAUUUAAUUUGAGAGAUUAAAUAUUAAAUUUAAAAGGGACUAUAUAGGACUGGGGUAAUGGAAAACUGAGCAGAAAGGAAGUCAGAUAUACAUAUAUUUUGUAUUUUUUUUAUUUAAUUACAAGAUAAAUGUCUCCUUUAAUGUUAUUAAUCUGGUUAUAUUUCAGUUCCUUACAAGAACGGUACAGUAAUGACUAUCUAAUACCUACUUCCUCUGCUUUCCUAAUGGUGUUUUUAGAAUCGUUCUAUAGGAGCUUUGUAGCAUUCAAGUUUGAGAUUGUGAUAGUUUGGUCCCUGUCUAUAUUAAGAUCACAUUCCACCAAUUUACUGAAAGUUGUUAUCAAUGGAAUAUGAUUGCUUGCACAUUGAAUCAGUUUUGUGUAUUAAGGAGCUUCACCCAGCCGUGCAGGCAUAAGAUACUAAGAACAUAUCAUGAUGAAAAAAAGAGGCCACUCUGCCUAUCUAUUCUUGUCAUUUAGGCUUCCUGAAAACUUGAGCGUAUCCGGUACAACAUCAAGCCUAGUUUUUACCACCUCAUUGAUCUGCCUUUACUACAUGACCUAGCAAGCCGUUCCACAAUUGACUUUUCCGUGUAUAAAGAAAAGCUUCCUAAUAUUAGUACAAAAAUUUCCUUUGGCUAACAUCCACCUGUACAACCUUGCCUGCUGUGAUUUGCUCAGAUAAGAUCCCCUGUACUGUUCCGAUUUGUGUUCUUCCCCACAGCCAGUUCCAAAGCCAUCCCUGAAAUAACUCCUGAAAUUCGUCUUUUUGAAAAUGAGUCUCUGAUGUGGCACUUUAUCGAAUUCAGAGCGAGAGGAGAAUGUCAGUGUGAUCUGACAUGAAAUGGAUGAAGGCAUCAGCGACCCCAUGGACAUCACCAGGGGAGGAGAGAUGCAAGGAGCAACAGGCAGAUGAAGAGGCUGUGGCAGAAACACUCUUCGGGAGGCAGGUGAAGAUGUGUCAGUGACUGCUGUCUGCAGAAGACUUCACAAACAGAACUACGGAGGUUACUCUACAAGAUGCAAACCACUAGAUGACUGCAAAACAGAAUGGACAGGUUCCAGUUUGCUAAGAAGCACCUAAAAGAGCCUCCAGAGUUGUGGACAGAUGAGACCAAGAUUCACUUGUAUCAGAGUGAAGAGCAAAGUGUGAAAGCCACAAGGAACUGCACAAGACUGACAGUACCCCCCCCCCCCCCCCAUCUGUGAAACAUACUGGUGGGGGUGUUAUGGUUUGACCAUGUAUGGAUGCCACAGGUACUGUACCACUUGUCUUCACUGAUAAUGUAAUUGUUGAUUGCAGCAGCAGAAAUAAUUCUGAAGUGCACAGAAAUGGUGCCCUGAAAUAGGGUGGAUUAUGUAUAAAAUGUGCUGUAAUUUACAUGGUUAAAGUGUAUUAAAAUAGCCUUAAAUUAAAGGUGAGAAUGUGCACUUUAAACAAAUUCAUGGUCUUCAUUGUGGGAUAUCCGUUUGGGAUAUAUAGAUAGGGUUCUAAAGUGAUGGUAAAAUGUAAUAUUUAAUAUUUAAAUAUAAACAUUUUUUUUCGACAGUUAUCAAAUUACUAUUAGUUUCACAUGUCUGUUUACUUUUUCCCCCAAAUGCCAUUUCAAAGAAAGCAAUGGUGCUUUUGAUUCUUCAAUUGGAUGCUUGGCAAUUAAUUUGUCCCUCAGGCUCCUCUUCCCUCCCCACCUGAUUUGUCAAAGCGCUCAGUAGCUCCGCCCUCCUCCCCUCCCCUUCCAGCUUCUGGCUUCCCUCCUUGUGUCUGGAUGUAGAGCUGGCAGAGGCUGGCUCACACUCAGACACCUGCUGCUGGAUUUCAGACCGUCUGUUUCCACGGCGUCCUGCAGUAACCUCGGUGUGGGCAAUCCACUUCAGAGACAAACGCAUCACUCAUUAAUAAAUAAUGAGUUUAUUCUGAUGGUUCAUAAAUAAUUUGUCAAUACAUCUCUUUUUUAAUGUUGAUUUCAUCCAGUCAUUAUAAGGACCUGUGAGAUUCAUGUUCAUGGUGAGUACUUGAGUUUUUUUUUAAGUUCCUGUCGUUCUUCGCUUUGGAGAUGUUGGCGAAAUGAAAAAAACCUGAGCCAAGUGUGAAUCUGGAACUCAUCAUGUAAAUACUGAACCUUUUCUGCAUUUUGCAUAUUUGUGUUAACAUGUAAUUAUUUGCAUGUACGAUCAUCUAAUUAUGUUGUGCCUGCUAAUAGAAUAAUUACAGCUCAACAGUAAUUACAGUUUAAUGGAAAUCCAUUAAUUAUAGUCUAUUACCCUUUCUGACGAUUUUACCCUUAAUCAAUUAAUUAAGGUAAAUUACAUCAUAAGUAAAUUCUUCCCUCUUUUGAAAACUUAUAUCAAUCACAUGACUUAGUUAUAUAAAUUACUCAUGUAAUCCAGAUGAAAGAAUUUGAAUUGCAUGCUUCAAUUUAAACUAAGAAAUCUGCAGAAAUCCCAUUCUGUCAGUAUUACUCCAUAGUGUUCAACUGACAUGUGGGCAGCUACCAUACUCAUAAUAACUUCGUAAUGCACAUUAAUGUUCCGUGUUGUUUUAUUGCUUCAAACCCAGCUUGGCUUCUCUCCCCUUCUCUAUGCAAAUCUAGCUGCUGUUCCCAGUACACCCCCGGGUGUAGACAUUUAUUGUGAUGAAUUAUUUUGUUCCCAGUGGCUUCCACACUGUUGCCUGGUCCUUGUCAGUGAGUGCAGCUGAUGGGAAGUAUGCAGAGAACUCAUUAGGAGAUCUGUGAAGCACAGAAUGGAGAGAGACUGAUUGACCAUUGGCUCUCCUGCUCCUUAAGGAGGAAGUGUCUCAGAGGGGGUAUGACUAACUCCACCGCUCACCCUGGUGGGGGUAUCCCCAACACGACCUCGACCGGGUCCGCCACCCUCAGCAAUGGCAGCACAUCCAGGCCGGACUUUGCAGAUUACGACUGCCACUCUUCGGCCCCAGUCCUGUUGGCAGUGGUGGGCGGCUACAGUGCGGUCGGCCUGGUGGGGUUGCUUGGAAACCUGUGCCUGAUUGGCGUGAUCUGGCGCCAGAAGGAGACUCAGAAUGUUACCAACCUUUUGAUCGGUAACCUGGCGGCGUCGGACACGCUGGUGUGCGUGAUCUGCAUCCCGUUCACCGUGGUCUACACGCUCAUGGACCACUGGCCAUUCGGAGAGGCCAUGUGCAAGGUCACCAGCUUUGUGCAGUGCCUGUCCGUCUCCGUUUCCAGCUUCUCGCUGGUGCUCAUCGCCGUGGAGCGCUACCAGCUGAUCGUCAACCCGCGGGGCUGGAAGCCCAACGUGACGCACGCGCACUGGAGCAUCGCGGGCAUCUGGCUGGGUUCUGCCGCGCUGUCCCUGCCCUACCUGGUCUUCUACCACCUCAGCGACGAGCCCUUCCUCAACAUCUCCCACAGCUUCUACCGCGACAAGUACGCCUGCAUGGACGGCUGGCCGUCGGAGCGCAGCAGGCUGGGCUUCAACACCUGCCUGCUGCUGGUGCAGUACGUGGCACCUCUGUGCUUCAUCCUGGUGUGCUACGGGCGGGUGCUGGCCUGCCUGCGGAGGCGCGGGGAGCGCGGGGAGCGCCAGCGCGAGAGCGAGGCCAGAGUGAGCGAGACCAAGCGCAUCAACAGCCUGCUGGUCUCCAUCGUGGCCGCCUUCGCGGCCUGCUGGCUGCCGCUCAACAUCUUCAACCUGCUGUUCGACUGGCACCAUGAGACGCUGCUCAGCUGCCACCACAACCUGCUCUUCACCCUCUGCCACAUGGUGGCCAUGGUCUCCACCUGCAUCAACCCCGUCUUCUACGGCUUCCUCAACAAGAACUUCCAGAAGGAUCUGCAGAUGCGCCUCUGUGGGUUCUGCUCCAGUCCGGAGGCGUACAACAACGUGGGCAUGCCUGUCAUGCAGACUGACAUCUCCAAAGGCUCGCUGAGACUCAACAACUCCACCAGUGCCUGCUAGAGGAGGGUAGGGCAUGCACUGAAGGACAGGGAGAGACGUCAGGGGGGUUGAGAAGUCAGGAGGCCAGGAGGCCAGGAUGUCAUAAAGGGGAGAGGUGAUGUCAUAAAGGAGGGAACAUCCCAGACUGAACCUGACCAAGCUGCAGCUGACUAUGAACAUACAGUACCAGUCUUCUGAUCUCAGCCAUUCUUUCAGCAGAACACAGGACCUCAACAAAAGCACAACAGGCAAAGAGAAAGAAAAAAAUUAAGUUUAGUCAUGUGAGGGUGACAAAAAAAAGACACAUUUUUAACAACAUUGCAUGAGGGGUUGUGUAGCAAACAGCUACACUUCAACAGUGAGGGCCUGAUAAAACAUGUACAAUGUAAUCUUGCUUUCAUAUGUGUGUACUGUGGUUUUAAAUGCAUAACUUGAAACAUUGUAUAACUAGAAAUUGCACAUGCUUGCUUAAAUGUGUGAAGUUCUGAAUCUGUAAUUACAGACACUUCUACGUAUAAUGUGUAGGCCAAAGUGCAUUGUGAAGUGUUAUUGUCUUAUAACACUUACAUUUUCUAUUGCUCUUUGCCAAAAUAUUUCUUGCAAAAAGUGGCCUGUUUCUGGUCAUGUUAAAGAAACUGUAGAGCCCUGGAUUCAAUCUCCAUCUCAAUCCUGAUCUUCUUAGAAAGCCGCCUGCUCCAGGUGGUAUACAAAGAGACAGUAUAAAUAAGCCUACUGAAAAUGUUGUGCAAUUUUAAAUCUUCACUCCUUAUUGGUGUAGUGUACAAAUGUAAAUUUAUAUUAAGUGGUAUGAUUGUGAUUAUGGCCAGACCUUUCAACACAUCUUCUAAAUGGUAUGGAAAUUUAUGAUUUAUUUAUUAUAUUUAUUAUAUAUUUAGGAAUCACACAGACUAUUUAGUUUCCAUCCCCUAACUUAAAAUACAAGACAUUAUUCUCGUUUCAUCUCCAAGUAUGACAGUAUUUUUAAACUUAUAUUUAUUGUAAGCUCUUUAUAAAUUUGAUGUUUGAAUAAAUGUAAACAUACAGGCAGUUCCACAUUAAUGGCUAUAUAAUACGGUGUUUUGUUGUAAGCAGAGAUGGACAUGAUGUACGUAUUAUGUGCAAUGUGAAUUUAGUCCCUGGUUUAACCUGCCUUGUUGGAUGAAAAUUACGUGUGUGCAUUAUUCGUAAGUGUUUUGUGUUCUGCUAUUUGAAAAGUUGAAUUGUGUUACAUGAUGAAAAAGGAUAUUUUUUCAGGGAGAAGGAAACUUAUUGUCUUGUGCUUGUGUUGUAACAGGUGUGACAAUGCGGUUCAUCUUUAUGUUCUUAAGUGUGAUGCACUGAAGCAAGAUUUAUGCUCUUAAACAUUUUUUAUUGAACGUUUUGAAAUUUUAUUCAGUUGCAGAUUACUCAGGUCCAUCGUAGCAUUGGCUUAAAUUGGACACUCAAGGUUAAGGACACAGCACACUGUGGUUAAACUGAAUCUUCCUGUCAGCAUUCUCAAACCCUGCCCCAGCAGCUAUCUGUGGACCAGUAAUUCGAGAGUAUUUUCUAAUUCAUGUCUGGUGUUCAAAGUCUGGUCAUAAAUCAUGCACAGCGCUGUCGCCGUGAAGCUGGCACCCACGCUGGGUAAUUCAGUUUGUGUUUUAAGAAAGCCUCUGUUCAUUUGCUGCUACUGUGCCUCUGAAAUAAAAAAAAGGCAAAAGCGUGGCCCAGUUCCA